GCCGACGUUAUGAGCGCACAGCAAGGACCAGGCGUCGGACAUGAGUUCCCAGCCUUCGAGGUAGCAUGGAACAAGAGGGACUUGCUCCUCUUUGCCAACAGCAUCGGAGCUACAUAUCCUGACGAGCUCCACUUUCUCUACGAGCUUCACCCCAACUUUGCACCCUUCCCGACCUACCCCAUCAUCCUUCCUUUCAAACACACCGACGCCGAUGUGAUCGAUUUCUACGCCCGUUCCAAUGCCGAGCCGAUUCCGGGCGUCCCCAAAUUCGACACAAAGCAUGUGCUAGAUGGCGAGCGCAAGAUUGAGUUCCUCAAGCCACUGCCCGUCACGUCCGAGGGGCGCAAGUUCGAGAUCCGGAGCAAAGUGCUGGGCGUGUACGACAAAGGCAAGCCAGGGACGGUUGUAGAGACGGAACAGAGACUCGUCGAUAAGGCGACUGGCGAGACGUAUUCCAGGGCCGUGGGUAGUGGAUUCUAUGUUGGACAGGGCGGUUGGGGAGGACCAAAAGGUCCCAAAACUGUGAACUACCCUCCCCCAGCAAACACCGCACCCACCGCAAGCACCACCACCCAAACCACCCUAGAGACAGCGCUGCUGUACCGCCUUAACGGCGACUACAAUCCGCUCCACGCGACCCCCGAACCUGGUGUGAAGAUGGGCUUCGGUGGACCCAUCAUCCACGGCCUCUUCUCAUGGAACACAGCCGCACACGCUAUCCUACAGACGUUUGGCAAGUCGAAGCCUGAAAACUUGAAGGAGUUUCAAGCUAGGUUCGCGAGUCCUGUGAUCCCGGGAGUGAAGCUCAUCACGGAUAUGUGGAGAACUGGAGAGAAGGUGGGAGAGGGGUUCGAGGAGGUGAGGUUCGUGGUUAGAGUGGACGGUGGAAAGGUGGUGUUGAGUAACGGGAGGGCGGUGGUCAAAGUGGAGGGGGAUGUUAAGGCGAAGUUGUAGGGGUGCUUGUCUUA